CAGCUCCCCUGUCCUUGUAUAAAAAGUCAGAGAUCUCUCUCCCUAUUCCUCCACAAACUGAAGUCUGAGUUUGGGAGGGGGGUCUGCAGCAACAAUGGCUUCUACGUUACAACUUAUCCUUUGCCUGGGGAUGCUGGCCCUGUGCCUUGCAAACCCAGUAAACAACAUCCGCUGGUGCGUGAAAUCUGACGCUGAACUGAAAAAAUGCAGAGAUGUGAGCCAAACCUGUGGAAGUGAUCAAACAACCGUCAGCUGUGUUCUUAGAGCCAACAAUGAUGAAUGUUGUAAAGCAAUUUCUGAUGACUUGGCAGAUGCAAUUGCUUUGGAUAGUGGAGAAAUUUACAAAUGUUCCCUGCAUCCUUACAACUUGAAACCAGUUAUUGCUGAAAACUAUGGCACAGAGAAAGAUCCAGACACAUGUUACUUUUCAGUGGCUCUGGUGAAAGAGUCAAGUACUUUCAUGUUUAAGGACCUUCGUGGCAAGAAGUUUUGUCACACUGGAGUCGGAAGAGCAGCGGGUUGGACCUCUCCAGUUGGAACUUUCCUGGUAAAACAAUUAUUCAAAUGGGAUGGGCCUGAGACCCAAUCUCUUGAGAAAGCUUUUGCAGCCUUUGUUUCUGCUGCCUGCGCUCCUGGAGCCAAAGAGCCGAACUUGUGUAAGCUGUGUGCAGGGAAGGAUGAUAAAAAGUGCAAGGCAUCUGAAAAUGAGCCAUAUUAUGGCUAUGCUGGAGCCCGCUUAUGUCUGAAAGAUAAAGGUGAUGUGGCAUUUGUGAAGCAUCUUUUACCAGAUGAAUUCCAUAAAGGUUAUAUGCUGUUGUGCCUCGACAAUACUAGGAAGCCAGUUGAAGAGUAUGAGAAAUGUUUCUGGGCAAGAAUACCAGCUCAUGCUGUGGUGACUGCAGACAGGGCUGAGAAAGUCAAAUCUAUCACUCAGUUCCUUGAGGAAGCUCAGAAAAAAGCAGAAUGCAAAUUGUUCAGUUCUCCUCAUGGAAAGGAUCUGAUGUUUAAAGAUUCUGCAACUAGCCUCAUUACUCUCCCAGAGAAAAUGGACUCCUUCUUGUAUCUAGGUCCUUCAUUUACAAAUGCCAAUAAAGCCCUGUAUAAUGAGUUGGAGACUCCAUCAGAGGAAACAAUCCGCUGGUGCACACAGAGCGUAGAGGAGAAGAAGAAGUGUGACCGUUGGAGUAUUGCAAGUGAAGGAAGCAUUGAAUGCAUUGAGGCUUCCAGUGCAGACGAAUGCAUUACCAAAGUUUUGAAAGGUGAAGCUGACGCUGUCAGUCUUGAUGGUGGCUACCUGUAUACAGCAGGGGCAUGUGGAUUAGUCCCAGCAAUACAAGAAAUUUAUGAUGCUGAAUUGUGCAAAAAUAAAAGAGAAAAUAAAAAAGGCACAUACAAAGCUGUUGCGGUUGUUAAGAAGAGCAACAAGGCAAUCACCUGGAAAAAUCUAAGGGGCUUCAAGUCUUGCCACACAGGUCUGGGACGCACCGCUGGCUAUAAUAUCCCUGCUGGUUUAAUUCACAAGCAAACUGGAGUUUGUGAUUUGGGAACCUUCUUCACUGAGAGCUGUGUACCUGGAGCUGAUCCUAAUUCUAACCUCUGCAAGCUGUGCGGUGGAAAUGAUAAAACAAAAUGCCUUCCAAACAACAGAGAGCCGUAUUACGGUUAUGAUGGUGCCCUCAGGUGUCUGAUUAAGGCAGGAGAUGUAUGUUUUGUGAAGCAAAGCACUGUAGAUGAAAACAUUGAAAAUGUCAACUCUCCAGCGUGGGCAAAAGGUGUGAAGAAAGAUGAUUUAGAACUAUUGUGUCCGGAUGGCACUCGCAGACCUGUCAGUGAUUAUGAAAAUUGCUACCUUGCAUUAGUACCAGCCCACGCUGUUGCCACGACCGCAGACAGAAAAGAAACAGUUGUGAGAAUUCUCACAGAACAGAUGGGAAAAUUCGGAAAGAACGCAGGUCAGGGCGCACAAUUCCAAAUGUUUGUUUCGGAAGGAAGAAAAGACCAACUCUUCAAGGACUCUACACAAUGUCUGACUGAGGUGCAAGAAAAGACCAUGAAUGAUUACCUGGGCAAAGAUUACGCUGAUGCUAUUGCUAGUCUUAACGAAUGCGGCGAAUCAGGACUGCUGGCUGCCUGCACUUUCCACACCUGCAAGCUGCAAUGAUGGACAAAACCAAUGGCGUGUCCACUGUUUCCUUUCACCUAUCUGCUUGUCUCCCUUGCAACAAAAAGUGUCUCCUUUUACACUGAUUUUUUGUCUUCAAUCUCCCAAUAAACAUUUUCAGUUAU